GUUACCACGCCACACCGCCCCGAGAGAUUUCGCGAGACGACGGAGCAUAGGGUGGUGUGCUUAAAAGGGGUUAAGAGAGAGAAAAUUUGUAGUACGUAACAAAUUUGGAGUAGAAAGUAAGAGAGAGAGAGAAAGAGACAUACUGUGUGAUGGCUGCUGCUAGUAGAGAGAAGCCUCCAGUGGAGCUGUGUAAGGGCAUCAAUGGCCUCGACAAGGUUGUUCUUCGGGAGGUUCGCGGCAGCUCCGCCGAGGUGUAUCUCUACGGGGGCCAUGUAACUUCAUGGAAGAAUGACCAUGGAGAAGAAUUGCUCUUUGUCAGUAGUAAGGCCAUUUUCAAGCAUCCAAAAGCAAUUCGUGGAGGUAUCCCUAUAUGCUUUCCUCAGUUCUCAAACCUUGGACCUCUUGAGCAACAUGGAUUUGCUAGAAACAGGUUUUGGACCAUUGACAAGGAUCCUCCCCCAGUUCCACCAAACUCUAGGGCAUUUGUUGACUUGAUACUGAAGCCCUCUGAAGAGGACUUGAAAAUCUGGCCUCACAGUUAUGAAUUCCGAUUGAGGGUAACAUUGGGACCUGGAGGAGAUCUUAUGCUAACAUCUCGAAUAAGAAACACCAACACUGAUGGAAAGUCCUUCACCUUUACAUUUGCGUAUCACACCUAUCUCUCUGUUUCAGACAUAAGUGAAGUUCGUGUUGAGGGGCUAGAAACACUGGAUUAUCUUGAUAACUUGCAGAAUAGGGAGCGGUUUACUGAACAAGGCGAUGCUAUUACUUUUGAAGGAGAAGUGGAUAAAAUAUAUCUUAGCACUCCAACAAAAAUUGCAAUCCUUGAUCAUGAAAAGAAAAGGACAUUUGUGAUUCGUAAGGAUGGACUUCCUGAUGCAGUGGUGUGGAAUCCUUGGGACAAGAAGGCAAAGGCAAUGGCUGACUUUGGAGAUGAUGAAUAUAAGCACAUGUUGUGUGUGGAAGCUGCUGCUGUGGAAAAACCUAUCAUUUUGAAACCCGGUGAGGAGUGGAGAGGAAGGCAGGAACUGUCUGCUGUUCCUUCAAGCUAUUGCAGCGGACAGCUUGAUCCUCAAAAAGUUCUUCAGGGCAGCUGAACCAUGUUUGUGCUGGCUUAUAUCAUGUACAGGUGCUCUGCUGCAAUUUAUGGUGGGAAUACAACUGCAAUCUCUGUUGAAGAUCUAUUGUUUUACAUUUCCCUUAAUAUGACAUUUUCUCUAUAUUGAAUAGAAGUUGGAUUUGAGUAGUGAAGACUGAAAUAAUAUUUGGUGUUAAGGAUAACCAUUCUGGUGCCAUGUCAGUUUAAUGGAGAUACAUGGUCAAGAUGGCGACAGAUUAAUACUGUGCUCGUAUUUUUUUUAGGGUGUAUAUCAUGGAUUAAGAGGCCUUAUCUUUCUAUACUUUCAAAGGUCAAUUCUAUAGAAAUUCUGAAUUCAUCUAAUAUGUUGAAAUAUAUACAUGUAUAUACCAGAAAAUAUUUCAUUCGCCAUA